GCCGACGACCAGCCGACCCUCAGCCAUGACCACCUUCUCCAGCCGCAGCAGCCUUGUGUCCUCCUCCCCCCGCCGUAUCGGCAGCAUGGGGGCCGGCAGCGUGUACGGAGGAGCCGGAGGGUCGGGAAUCCGUGUCUCCAAGGCCUCCUUCUCCUCCUCCUCCUCCGCCGCCGGUGCUGGCGGCGCCUUCAACCUGGGCGAUGCCGUCGACAUCUCCGACAACAAGAAAGUGGCCAUGCAGAACCUCAACGACCGCCUGGCGUCCUACCUGGACAAGGUGCGCAGCCUGGAGAGGGCCAACGCUGACCUGGAGAUGAAGAUCAGGCAGUUCCUGGAGAGCAAGACGGAACCUGAGGGCCACGACUGGACCGUGUACUAUGUAUCAAAGAUCUGCAGGACCAGGUAUGAGCACGAGCUGGCAAUGUGUCAGUCGGUGGAAGGCGACAUUGCCGGGCUGAAGAAGCUUCUGCAGGAGCUGAACCCGAGCAUUAGGAACCUGGAGAUUCAGGUGGAGGGUCUGAAAGUCGAGCUGAUCCAGUUGAAGAAGAACCAUGAGGAGGACCUGCUGGCUAUGCGGGCCCAGGUGGGAAGCCAUGUGAACGUGGAGAUGGACGCUGCUCCGCAGCAGGACCUGUCCGCCAUCAUGGCCGGAAUCAGAGAACACUACGAGACCCUCGCCAACAGGAACCGCGAAGAGCUGGAGAUCUGGUUCCAAACCAAGUCGGCCGAGCUGAACAAAGAGGUGGCUGUGAGCACCGAGACUCUGCAGACGACAAAGACUGAGAUCUCAGAGCUCAGACUGACUCUUCAGUCUUUGGAGAUCAAACUGCAGUCUGAGAUCAGCAAGAAAGGAGCUGUGGAGGCGAAUGUGGCUGAGACCCACAGCCGCUACGGCAACAUGCUGACAGUUUACCAGAGGCAGGUGGGGGGUCUGGAGGAGCAGCUGUCCCGCCUCAGGGCCGACCUGGGUAACCAGAGGGCCAUGUAUGCCGAGCUGCUGGACAUCAAGACCAGACUGGAGAUGGAGAUCGCCGAGUACAGGAGGCUGCUGGACGGAGAGAGCACCUCCACCAGGACCUCCAGGGUGGUGGUGAUCACGGAGGAAAUGGACGAACAUGGAAACGUGAUCAGCCGCAGUUAGAUGGGAGUAAAACCAGAAUCAGAUGCUGUAACGUUUAAACCGAGUCUGCUUCAGGUUGGUCAAUAAAGAUCAAGUCUCACAUUGUU